AUGGCGUCUGAUGUCAAUUUUCAAGGCAACCACGCAAAAGUUUCUUCGUCAGUAUCACUAUCGUCAUCUGAAACGAUCGUACACUCAUUGACAUCACCUACUUCACCAAUACAACCUAUAUAUGAAGUUGAUUCUAUGAUCGAUAUUGUUGAAGAAUCAAACGAAGGUGGAAUAUUUUUAUUCGAAACUGAACGCCGUCUUACAUAUAGCAGUAAAUAUGCAUGCACACUGUGUAUUGUAUGCAUAUUUGGUUGUUGGAUAUGUACUAUACCAUCCGUUAUUGUUACUAUAUUUGCUCGAAUAGCUGCCCAGAAAAAUCAAAUAUCUCGAGUUAAAGUGUUGUUCAAUAUUGCAUUCAUUUUUUCAUUUUUCGGUUUAAUAUUGUUUGCUGUGCAAGCAGGUUAUUUAACAUGGCUCAUACGUUAUCUCGCGCAUAGGUUUCUCACUUAA